GGUAGUGUAAGGUUAUAAGUGGUUGAUCUUUUGGUAAAUACAGCUCAGAAAUCACAGCACUGAGUGUGAACUGCACCAUGGAUGAAGCUCUCCUGGUAAAGAUGGUUUGGCUGUUUCUGCCUCUGCUCCUCAGUCAUGUGUCUGCUGAGUCGUUCUCUGUGGUGGUUCCUGAAACUACAGUCUCAGGUCAGCUUGGAGGCUCGGUGACUCUGCCCUGCGCUCUCUCAGAUAACCUGGACGUGAGAAAGUUAGAGGUGCGCUGGUAUCGUCCCUCCAUGUACAGCAGUCCGGCUCUACUCUACCUAAACGAGAAGCUGGAUCUCUCUGUAGCAGAUAUAAAGUACCAGGGCAGAGUGUCUCUGCCAGGACCCCUGGAGAAAGGGGAGGUAUCUCUGAAACUGGACGACCUCAGACCCUCAGAUAUAGGAAUAUACAUGUGCCAUGUUAGCAGUGACAGGUGGUACGAUAAGAACAAUGUGUCCCUAAGAAUGCAAGCCGUGGGCUCCAGUCCCAUCCUCUCCAUGCUCGAUGCAGGAGGAGGAAAGGUGAAUGUUUCUUGUCAAUCACAUGGUUGGCUACCAAAACCAUCGCUCACCUGGAGAGACAGUGACGGGAGCAGCCUGAAUCCUCCCAAUAAACACACAUCCAUCAAAGUUUCUGAGGGGUUGUUCAGUGUGAGCUCCUGGAGGCUCUUCACUUCCUCUGAGUCCAGUUGGGUCUCCUGCUCUGUGGCUUUGCCUGAUUCUGUUGGAGUGAUAAGAGAAAGCAGAGUGAUGCCACAUCUUCCAACAGAUAAUGGAAUAUGGAUGAUAGCCUUCUUUGGAACCCUCAUCCUCCUGCUGCUGCUCAUCAUCGGAGUUGGAGUGUAUUGUGUGGUACCAAAAAAAAGUGUGUUUUAUUUAUCCUUAAAGCUAAAUAUGGAUAUGGAUUCAGGCAGAUCUAUAAUCUAUUUAAAAUAGAUAGUUCAUUAUUUCCAUAUCUGUUUACAUAAUCUGACAGUUCAAGGAAAC